AUGACAAAUACAGAGCAGUAUUCGAGUGUUAUUACAACAAAUACAAGUAAUAAUAAUUCCGCAUUGCCUAUGGACAUAGGAGAAAGAACUACAAAUUCAUCUUCUCACAAGAAAACGUUUUCAGAGAAUACAAUUUCAACACUACCCCUUUUAAAUGAUGAUCAGAUGAGAGAAAUCUAUUGUACUCAAACGACGCAAAAUAACUUGGAAUAUUCAUCCAAUCAACAAAUUAUGGCUCCAAAUCUUGUAGCAAAUAAUAAUGAAUUACAAGACUUAUCUAAUCGUUAUGAAUUGAUUGAAGAAGAAAAUAAAAAAUUGUUGGAGAAAUUAAAUGAAUCCGAAGAUACUGUUAAGGCAUAUGAAAACGCUUUUAAUGGACUCGAAAAAGAUGAAACUCUUAAAAAUAAAAACGAAGAUCUUCUUGAAACUAAUAAGAAAUUGGUCAAGCAAAAUUUUGAACAAACACUCAAAUUAAAAGAACUUCUUCCCUAUCGAUCAAGAGUUGAGGAAUCACUUCGGAUUGUUGAUGAAUUACGACAAGAAAAUAAUGAACUCAAAGAUGAAAAGAAUUCUCUUGGAAGAAAAUAUUCGAGAUUGAAACAAAAUUUCAACGAUCAAAAAAAUACUUUACAACAAUUGAAACAAAACAAUGAAAAUAGAUGUAAUGAAUUAGAUCAAAAAUUAAAAGAUCUAAGAUCUCAAAUCCGAACGUUAAGACAAAAGAAUACCGAAUUAGAAGAUGAAGCAUCAAGCUAUCAAUCUGCUCUUGGAGUUGCGACGAAUUUUAAAUUAAGUGACGAUGAUCAAAAUCAUACAGCUCAAUUUAACGAUGAUAUUUUAGCAUUACAUGAUACUUUAGAAAAUUAUGUCACGAAUUUGAAACCUAAAAUAGACGUUAAUGUGGAUGAAGCGAAGAAGCUUUUAAUUGAGUAUGGAAGCCAAGCCAAAAUUUCCAGUAAAGACCCAAACAAACCGCUUAUUAAAGCUGUUUUACAGCGCCACGUACUUCGAGAGAUUUUAAAAUAUGUGGUCGAUUAUUUCAAACGUAAUAAUAAGGAAUACUACCUUGAAUCAGACAUCGUCGCGAAAUCUAAUAAGUUAAUUGAAUUAAUGGGACGAUUUUGCAACACGCGUGUCGGUGAUGAUGAAGUAACUCGAGUUACGCCAAUAAAAUUACGUCAGCAGGUUUAUACUGCGCUUGGAUCUCGAGGGUUUAGCAAUAUCAAAAAAUCUGAUGGAGAUUCCGUGCAUGAUUAUAUAAAUUAUGUCUCAAAGAAAAUUAAUGAGAUGAUAAACAUUUAUCGUGUUAUUAAAGACAUUGAAAAGAAAAAGUAUGUGGAUGCUUUAGCGGAAGAUUUAAUUCGAAAUGUUUUUAGAAUUUUUUAUUUUCGUUCUAAUAUUCAAGAACCAAAAGCUCAGUUUCACUGGUUUAAUUAUAAUGAUAAAAUCGAUAAAUCCCUCAUGAAAGGCAGCUGGGGAGAAGAUGAGGAUGAUUUGGUUGUUGAAGUUUGUUCUUUCCCGCUAAUUUAUUCAGAUACAAACGGUUUGAAAAUUUAUACCCCUGCAAAAGUCUUUCCAGUUCAGUUUGUGAAACAAAGUUUUACCGAAAAAUUACAGAAUGUGGGUCAGAAAAUCAAAAAAUCAAUUUACAAUGGAGCAAAAUCGACAGAAAAUGAUAGUUCAGAUCAAGACGAACAAUCAAAUGAUAAAACUGAUAAAUCUGCCACAUCGAUCUACUCUGAUGAAUCAGAUUAUUAUUCUCCUACUGAAGAUAAAGGCAAUUAUUGUGAUCCAAUCAUGACUGGAGAGGAUCACAAUCAAGAUAGAGAUAGCAUUCAAGAAAAUGAAUAUCAAACAUCAAAUGCGACUAUUACUCAAGAGAAUGUAAAUAUGUAA